GGGGGCUGUACCGUACAGACAAAAGCGCUUCUAAACGGACUGAAAUUCACUCUGCAGCCCCAUUUUCAACACAGAAGCCCGAACUACCGCGCUAGUUGCUGGAAGUCCUCGAAGCCGCGUUUAAAAUCGAUUCUUUAUUUCAGUCAAUUGUUUUGAUUGGUUACCAUGGCUGAGAGUAUUAAGAACGUAGUGAUAUUCGGAGCGACUGGAAUGACUGGACUCGCGACCCUACCACAAGCUGCAGCGGCAGGGUACAAUGUGACUGUGUUGGUACGGGACACCGCUAAGCUGCCCUCCGGGCACAAGGCCUCCAGAGUGGUGACUGGGGACGUCCUGAAUAAGGAGGCCGUGAGGAGGGCCAUGGAGGGGCAGGACGCUGUCAUCAUCAUUUUGGGGACCAGGAAUGACCUCAGUCCGACUACAAUGAUGUCCGAAGGCACCAGGAACAUCUUGGAUGCCAUGAAAGCACGUGGGAUUCGCAAAGUUAUUGCUUGCAUGUCUGCUUUCCUCCUGUGGGAUCGCUCCAAGGUGCCCCCUCGUCUGGUGGCUGUCACUGAAGAUCACGACCGCAUGUACCAGGUGCUGAAGGACUCUGGUCUGGACUAUGUGGCAGUCAUGCCACCUCAUAUCGCAGAUAACCACCCCUUAACGGAGAAAUACACUGUCACAGAAAAUAUGCUGAAGGGAAGAGUCAUCUCCAAACACGACCUGGGCCAUUUCUUUGUCAAGUGUCUGUCUACCACUGAAUGGGACAGGAAGACUGUUGGGCUUUCAGGGGAAUACAGUUAAUGGUGACCGCAUAGCCAGCGGGAUGACUAGUGUAGUCUGUAUUACCUGCAUGGCCGUUUGCACUGCUCCCCUCAUCAUCGCUCUGCUCUAAUGAUUGCAGAGAUGGAAAUAAGACUCCCAUUGCAUAGCAAUUUCACCCAUUCCAGGUUUUAAUACGAGCUUCAUUCGCCACAGGGUGUAACAAACAAGCUCAGGUGGGUCGUCUUAAACUCACACUAAAACCAGGCGCGGAUCAAACUGCUAUGCAAUAGGAGUUAUUUCCAUCCAAUUUGAAAAGCCCCUGCGUUCCUCCUCCAUAUUUGUCCGCACCUUUUAGGGUCCCCCAAGGAAAUAUUAUUAAUUGUCAUUAACUGCUCCCGGUGUAAAUGAAUAUUGGUCCCCCCCCCCCCCACACACACACAUUUGUUAUUCAUCCUAUUUCAUGUAAAUUCUGCAGGUAUAAUGCUGGUAAACGGGAGUAAUGUUUGCAGGCUGUUCUCAUGUAUCAUUGUAGAUGAGACUGGACCUGUCAGAGGGGACUGGAUGGUACAAGUUUAGGGUUAGGGAAAGUGGUCUUAAAAUUAAGGUUUUGGUUGAUAGUGCAUGGAUAUAGAUUUAUAAGCAAAGAAAGAUGACUUUGAUACAAAAAAAAAUAAGGGGGUACACAUAUUCGGAAGGGGAACCGAUAUUCCUGAAUAUUUGUUCCCGGAGGGACAACUAUUCAGGGAGAAUGAAGGGAGCAGUGAAAAUGGUGCUUCUGAAUACUAGAUUUGAAAACUUUAUCUCCUACACUUUUGAAGCCCAACGCAACGAAAACUAGAUGUCAAGUUGGGCAAUCCUGCAGAAACAAAUUAAACCUUAAAAUCUCACAAUACAAACACGCUAUUUGGGUGCUGGGAUUAGACUACUACAGACAGACUGUCUGAAGUGCACUGCUGAAUGUAUUUUAAUAGGGGCUAGGAAAGUUUUGCUCGAAAAAUAAACUUCCCCGACAUAC